AUGCCGUCCUCCGCCUCAGAGACAAUCACCAAUCCCGCGUCCAAGCGAAGGGGAGGCUCCGCCGAGAAGCCCAAGUCCGAGGACGCCCCCGGUUCCGAGAAGGACUUCUUCUGGACUUACACCGAGGAACCCCAUCGCACUCGUCGAUUGGCCAUCAUCAAGGCUCACCCUGAGGUCACCAAGCUCUGUGGUCCCGAGCCAUUGACGAAAUAUGUCGUCGUGGGCGUCGUCAGCCUCCAGAUCUUCCUCGCCUGGUACCUGAGCGAAACUCCUUUCUUCUCCUUCAAAUACUGGAUCAUUGCCUACAUCUUCGGUGCCACCGCCAACCAGAAUCUCUUCCUUGCCAUCCAUGAGAUCUCUCACAACCUGGCUUUCCGAAGCCCCAUGGGGAACCGUCUCCUAGCCAUCGUGGCCAACCUGCCAAUUGGCAUACCAUAUAGCGCCUCAUUCAGGCCUUACCAUCUCACCCACCACAAGAGUCUCGGCGUCGACGGCCUCGACACCGACCUCCCCACCGCCCUCGAGGCAAUCUUCCUCGACUCCAUCUUCGGCAAGACAUUCUUCUGCACCUUCCAGAUCUUCUUCUACGCCCUCCGCCCGAUGGCCAUCUACCGCGUGCCCCUGACGAGCAUCCACUUCCUCAACAUCGUCGUCCAGGUCAGCUUCGACGUCCUCCUCGUCCGCUUCGCCGGCAUCAAGGCCUUCGUCUACCUCCUCUUCUCCUCCUUCCUUGCCGGCAGCCUCCACCCCCUCGCCGGCCACUUCAUCGCCGAGCACUACGUCUACGAGUACGUCACCCCCGAGCAGCGCAACCCGGACAACCGCAUCCCCGUCCCCGAGACCUUCUCCUACUACGGGCCCCUCAACUGGUUCACCUACAACGUCGGCCUGCACAACGAGCACCACGACUUCCCCGCCGUCCCCUGGACCCGCCUCCACGCCCUCAACAAGAUCGCCUCCGAGUUCUACGACCCCCUCCCCCGCCACGAGAGCUGGGUCUACGCCAUCUGGCGCUUCAUCUUCGACGAGGAGGUCGGCAUGCGCUGCCGUGUCAAGCGUGAGAAGGGCGGCCGCCUCGUCGGCGGUGGCGCCGGCUGGAAGCUGAGCGAGAUCGAGAGCUAA